AUGGAGGACCUCUACACCGCCCUGAAGAAUUUCCUGCCAGUAGGGGUCAUCACUCUGCGCAUCGGAUCUCCAAUCCUCGGUUUUUCAGGCCGCCAUCAAGACUCGGAGACGGCGGAGGACGGCUGGACGCCCUUCCCACAAUCCUUCCGGGCCGCCGACAUUGUCGACGGCGAGGGUUUCUUGGAGACGCUCGAAGCGCUAGACUUCCUCGUCCGCCAUCGGUUCGUCGCCGCAACGUACCUGGUACACGAUGCACAGGCGCAGUUGUUUGUGCGGGUCUACUUGAUUCCUUGGGACCUCCCUGGGUCGAGUGGGAAGCUGCGGAGGCGGGACGAGGACACGGUGCUGCGGCCUGGCCGCAGGCGGCUGAAGGACCUCUUCCCGAGGAUCAAACAGGACCGCUCGCUUUGGGAUGGGCACCCGGCGUCUUCGUCUACCCCUAUUUUUUUCUGGCCGAAGAAUGCUGACAAUCGCUCCCUCUUGGACAUCUACAACGACUUGCCGUCUCCCGCGUCGGAAGAUCUCGUAGGGGAACUGCCUGGCUUGCGGAGCACCUUGUACCCGUACCAGCGGCGUACUGUCUCGACUAUGAUGGCACGCGAAACUCGCGCUGACACAAUUGCAGACCCGCUAUACUUGGCUUUGCACGGGAUGGACGGGAGGGUAUUCUACCUCCAGCCAGCCACCUUCGAGAUCGUUACUGAGCUCCCUCGGCUGUCGCCCGUUCCGGGCGGCAUCCUAUGCGAGGAGUUGGGUACCGGCAAGACCGUGAUGAUGCUCUCGCUCAUCCUCGCAACGCUUGACGACCUCUCUUCCCCAGAGGCAACCUACCACGAGGAACGUGUCCCGAUGACUCCGCUCGCCAUCCGACACUUUCAGACUCCGUCCGCCACGGCGGAGCGCAAGAAGCUCCCGAAGAAGGGCAAGGCCUACCGCGACGUUGGUGUCCCGUCGCUCACCGAGAUCAUGUUGCACCAACUCCGCGUGUGCCCCAACUCCCUCAGGCUCCGCAACCAGCAAGACGUCCUCGAGCAGCGCAACCUCUGGGAACCUCUCCGCGCCAACGUGCCGUUCUACUUGCACACUGAACCCCGGCGGGACGACGUGGGGUGGUACCAGGCGAGGAGCGGGAGCGUCUCAAGCCCCAAAGUGAUGUACUUGACGACGGCCACGCUGGUCGUCGUACCGGACAAUUUACAUAUGCAGUGGGCGAGCGAAAUUUUGAAGCACUGCACGGACUUUUUGCGGGUGCUGGUGGUGAAGAAUAAGGAGGAGCUGCCGGAUGCGCCGGUGCUUGCGACUGACUAUGAUAUCAUCUUGAUGAGCCAUUCUCGAUUCUCGAAGGAGGCGAGAAAGAAAGCUACGGAAGAGUUGUACACGAUGCAGCCUUGCCAGUGCAAAACGCUCAGAAAUGCUCGUGUGCCACGCUGCAAAUGUAGCAGGCUGGAGAACGUGUCACCGCUCCUGCAAAUACGAUGGAAACGGCUUGUUGUCGACGAAGGUCACAAUGCAGCCGAGAAGCGGACCGACUAUGCCAUCUUCACCAAACUGCUAAGCGUCGAGCGACGUUGGAUUGUCACCGGCACGCCUACUACGAACCUUCUCGGUCUCAACUUCGGCUCAGGAGAUGAACUUCAAUACCCGGAUGACGACGACGAAGAGGAGGAAGAAAGUAGUGCAAGUAGCGAUGACAGCAACGAGCAACGCAAGUGGCAUCGCAGCGAGCGGGAAGACUUCCGCAAGCUCGGGACAAUGUUCGCAGACUUUUUGCUGAUGAAUCCUUUCGCGUCGAACUCGAAGACUUUCAGCACGCUGGUUACUGACCCUAUCUUCGAGCCUGAGGGUCCCUUUCCUGGGGAUAUCCAGGUGCUGACGCAGGUUAUGGCGUCAGUUAUGGUUCGACAUCGGAUUGAGGAUGUUGAACAAGACGUUCGUCUACCAUUUUUGGAGCACGAGACCAUCCUGCUCGACAUGGACCCUUAUGCGGUCAAGACGUAUAACUUGAUCCAGGCUACGAUUGCAGUCAACGCAGUUGAUUCCGAACGGAGAGAUCAAGAUUACUUGUUUCACCCUCGAAAUGCUGUGCAUCUUCGACAUCUUGUUGCAAACAUCUCUCAUGUUAUGUUCUGGCAUGUAGUUGAUGAGGACCUUGCGGAGCGGCUCACUAAUGCGGAGAGAUGUCUGAAGACUCUGGAGCGACGCAAUGGGAGUUCCGCAGAUUUCACGUUGAUCAAAGAUUCCAUCCAACAUCUUCGGUCUGCAAUGAGCGAUCCCAUUUGGCUUGCAUUACAGGCGCACUAUCACUGCUUCCAUCGUGUCGACAAGCUGAGUCGCGAUAUUUUCAACGGCUGGAGCAUGUUCUCUGAGGCAGGCCGGCAAGCCUGUGACCCCCCUCUCCUGCCACCUAUGGCACUCAUGAAAAUUCGAGCUUUCCUAACACAGCACCCGCUCAAGAAGGUACGGGAUAUCGUUGCGAUGGGACAGCACGUGAUAGAGGAAGAACGACGAUGGAAGGAGUUUGAGGCACUACACAAUCAGUUGAAGAAGAAAUCGUCGAAGGACAAGCGAGAACGCCGACGAAAGGAGGACGCGGCGAACGAUUCUCUUACAUCGAUGAAGCGUGAAGCAAAGGAGAAGAAGCUCGAGGAAGUGCGGCUUGAAUAUCAGGCCGCAGCCGCACGACUGACGGCGAGCGUCACUGGGGAGGAGGUCGCUCCAUUGAGGCCAGACUCUUCACAGCGGACUGUCGCGUCAACACUGUUGAGGUUGUCUCCUAUGGCAGACGUACGGAUCGGAAACUCGACUUCUACCAAGCUGGACUACAUCCUGAGUGAGGUUCUGACUUACGGAGCGGAUGAGAAGUUCUUGAUUUUCUCGGAAUUCCCUGCGACACUAUCGUUCAUUGCGGAAGCUCUCGACCUCGUCCGCGUAAAGUAUCUCGAGUUCAGCGGAAAGCUCAAACGCGAACACAGGCAGACAAUUAUCACGACUUUCGAGACUUCAGAUCUAUAUCGUGUAUUCCUCAUGGAACUGAAGCACGGUGCUCGCGGUCUGAACCUCGUCUCUGCGUCGCGGGUCAUCUUCUGCGAACCUGUCUGGAAAGCCGACGUGGAAUCGCAGGCCAUAAAGCGUGUCCAUCGUAUUGGUCAGUCGCGCAGAGUCAUGGUCAAGACAUUGGCUAUCCGACACACGGCAGAGGAGGUCAUUGUGGCUCGCAGCAAAGCUCUCAAAGAGAGCAAGCAGGAGUUCACGAAGGAGGUCACUGAUGACCGGACCAUCCGCGACUUCAUCGAGCAUCCAACGUUCUUGCCGAUCCCUAUAGCAGAUCAAGUCGUCAAAUUGGACGUGCCGCUUUUUGAGUUCGCACCGCCCCCGAGCAUGCUUCCCAGAGACAAUACGAAGUCCAGCUCACCCCAGCCAUCGGGGGUUCGUGUCGUAGAGGCAAAGAAAGUCCCUUCAAUACCCAGGCGUCGAGUUGCUGUUCACGUCGAAAUAUCGACGCAGCCCCCUCGAAAGAAGCAGAAACGGGUGGCCUUCGCCAAUUAA